AUGACCACUCCAGACAAACAGAAACAGGCUGAAAUUGCGGAAUCAAUAUCAGAAGUAGCGACAUUUGAAGGAGAGCUAUUUGAUGAACAUGAUGCAGACAAAGCCUACUUGGCUAAAUCUAAACUAGUUGCUUUAGCGAUUCAAGAAAUAGGAUUUGGUAAAUAUCAAAUUGGCUUGUUCUUUGUCGCUGGGUUUGGGUGGCUUUCCGAUAACGCGUGGCCAAUUGCUACUGGCUUAAUCAUACCUCGUCUAAACGAAGUUGAUGGUGUGCAUGCACCUAUAGGAAAAGCCCCUUAUUUGACAUUGGCUCAGAAUCUAGGUCUACUUAUGGGAGCUCUAAUAUGGUCACUUUCUUCUGAUAUAAUUGGCCGUAGAUGGGCAUUUAAUUUAACGUUUUUGAUCACCGGAAUUUGGGCUGUUGUUGCGGGAUCAUCCCCCAAUUUCGCGGCACUAGGGGUAUUCUGUUCAUUUUGGAGUUUUGGAGUAGGUGGUAAUUUGCCUGUCGAUUCAGCAAUAUUUUUGGAAGCACUUCCAAAAUCACAUCAGUGGUUAUUGACGGUAAUGUCUGUUUGGUGGGCCAUUGGGCAAAUUAUUGCGAAUUUAAUUUCAUGGGGUUUGAUUGCGAAUUUUUCUUGUGCUAGCGAUGCAACCAUUUGUCAUAAAGCUGAUAAUAAGGGAUGGAGAUAUUUCUUGUUUACAAUGGGCGGUUUGACUAUAUGUAUGUUCAUUGCAAGGUUUGCAUUCAAUGUGUUGGAAUCACCACGAUAUUACGUGGCUAGGGGUAAUGAUGAAAAGGCUAUUCAUACAUUGGAAAAAAUUGCAAAAAUUAAUGGCAAGACGUGUCCGAUUACAUUGGCUGAUUUGCAAGAAAUAGAUAUUAGAUUUAGUAAUGAGGACACUACCAAAUCUAACAAACCUAAGAAUAAGCUUGUGGAAGAGAAGUUGAAGAAGUAUAAUCUUUCACAUAUCCGUCAAUGUUUUGCCUCUAAGAAAUUGGCUAUAUCUUCGGCCCUAGUGAUAUUUACAUGGGGAAUAAUUGGACUUGCGUUUCCAUUGUAUAACGCAUUCUUGCCGUAUUAUUUAGAAACAAGGGGUAAUGCCAACCAACCUUUAUCGGUACGUGAAACUUAUAGAAACACAUUGAUUGUAUCCGUGUUAGGAGUUCCAGGUGCAUUGAUAGCGGGUUUUCUUGUCGAGCUUAGAAUCGGAAGAAAGGGGACUCUUUUUCUUUCGUUAAUACUCACGGGAAUUUUCCUCUUUGGAUCAACCACAGCUAAAACAAGUAACGCUAAUUUAGGAUGGAAUUGUAUGUUUUCGUUUGUGUCCAAUAUAAUGUAUGGCGUAUUAUAUGCAUACACUCCAGAAGUAUUCUUCUCGAAGAUAAGAGGUACUGCGGUUGGAUUGGCGGCUUCGUUCAACCGUGUUUUGGGUGUUUUUGCACCUAUAAUUGCUAUAUAUGCUGAUUUAACUACAUCUGCACCUAUAUUUGUAUCUGGAGCUUUAUUUAUAUUUGCUGGGUUGCUAUCAAUCUUCUUUCCUUAUGAACCACGAGGAAAGGCUAGUUAUUAA